AUGUCUAAUCGUGAGAUUGAAGAUGAUGACGUACAAUACGAAACAGGCACCGAGCGAGCACUUAGAAAAAUGAAGGAGGAGCCACUGGUUCCCGCAGGAAUCUUUGUAACUACUUUCGCAAUUGUUGCGGCUGCAAUCAGCUUGCACAGAGGAAACUCUGCCAUGUUUCAAAAAAUGUUGAGACUACGUGUUGCUGCGCAAGGGUUUACUGUGGCUGUUCUUCUUGGUGGGGGCCUAUUGUAUCAAAAUAAACGAAAAACAUAA